AGAAAGUUCUGGAAUUCAUUGAUCAAUGAAUUUUUACACAACCACCAUACAUCAAUCUAUAUUCAGUCACAUUAUUACCGAGACUUUCGAGCAUUGUCGCACCCUAUAAGAAUUUCUUUCAACAGAUAUAUUUGCUUUUGGUUUAGAGCCGAAAAAUAUACUUCUUCAGUGAAGCCCUACAACAGAUAUAUUAGCUUGAUCCAGCCGUUAUAAUUUAACCAUCAAUAAUGUCUUUCAAUGCAGUCGAUUCAAUUCAUGACAUCUGCUCUAGUAAAUAUCCAUGGAAGCUAUUCGGGACGUCGGUCUUGACAAAAUUCACUUUCUUCAUCAAUUCCGAAGGACUUAUAAAUGCAAACGUUAAAAGCAUGUUGAUUUCCCGGUUUACUUCCAAGUUCUGGUUCGUUGCUGCUGAUGAUGAUUUUUCGGGAGAAUUGAAUUUUACAAAUUCUGAUGAUGACGGGGGAGAUUUUCAAAGCAGGAAUCAUCAUUCAUCCGGGAACGUUCUACGUGUAACAAAAUGGCAUCACUUUGUGUACAUUAUGGAAUUUGGAGAUGAUGAUGAUGCGACACAGAAGAGUAUUGAUUGGCUUAAGAGAAGUGGAGAAGAAAAGCCGUUUAACCUUGACUUGGUAACACAACUUAAAUAUUUCGUAAUUGGAUUUUUUGUAAGGUCUUAGUUUGUAGUAGUUCUCCUUAUUACAUAAAUCUUUCUCCAUGGUUUUCCGUUAGUAGUCCUCACAACAUGCAAUCUGCGGUUGGGAGUCGAUAAUAGUGUUGGAUCUGUGGAUGGAUAAGUGGUAAGACUUCAAUCAAACCUGCAUUAAUAUAGGAAAAAGCAGGCACUUGAUAGAUAACUCAUUCUAGAUAGACGGACAACAACGUUAUAUUAAAACAUGGUGAAUAUGUAGCUUUUUAACAAUAUUCAAGUGCUGUUUUAUGAAGUCUCCUAGCUAUGAAAAUAAAUAUGAUGAAAAUUAUGCGAAAUAGUGAUGGCCGGAUUUGUAGUAGGCGAUAGAUGUUCCAAAUCGAUUACUAAAAUUUCUACACCCAAACCUUUCUUCUUCUUCUUUUUAUUUUUUUUCUUUUUUCUUGGGGU